AUGGGAAAGACAAAUCAAGGGUCGGAUCGAGAAAUUUUGGAGAAAAAAGCCACCAAUACAAAGGGGAUCCAACAGGCAAACCCUAGACAGACGAUGUCCAAGGGGGUUACCUCUUUGAUGAAUCCUGAUGUUGCAGACGGUUCAAAGAAGCUGAGUGAACUCCUGUGUGUUUCUGCGGCGCGGAGAAUUGAUUGGUCAGCAAGACAAUCGAUAGAUCUGGUGCAGGUACCUCAUCCUUGGGACCAAUUCGAUCCAAAAAAGUUGAAGAUUGGGGCCAAGCUUGAGUUUAUCCAACCAACUGAACGUGAUGGGAAGAAGGUCUGUAAGAUGCAAAAGCAGAAAGUGCAAACAGAAGUGGAAUACUAG